UCCCGCCAUCACCCCCGCGGGAAGGCCCUUGGGAAACGCAGCCCCAGGUCUGCAGCCGUACCAGCCGCUAGACCCGCCAUACGCGCAGGAAGCCACGCUCAUCCACCCACCGCAACCCGCUCCUUUGCCCGAGAGAAACGCAGGGGUCCCCAGCGCGCAAGCGCCACCCCGCCAACUCUGAAGCCACGGCCCGCCACAGACGCCUGCGCAAACGCAGAGGGCAGAAGGAGGGGCGAAACGGAGAGGGAGAGAGGAGCGCGCCUAAAUCCUAGAGAGGCGGGCUAAGAAGGGCUGGGGGGUGGGCUCGUCUUCCGGAAAGUUUGGAUUCCCGGACGAUCGGAGUCGCCGCUCACCAAACACCCGCUUGUGUGCUGAUCGAAGAAAGUCGGCUACCCUUUGUACCCACUGGAGAUCUUCAGACAGAAGCCGGAGCUGCCUUCAGGAUGAAAUUAGGACUUGCAGGACACCUCUUCCCAAGACGGAAGGAAGCUUGGCGGGUUCACGCAUGCGUGGUAGGCUACCUCCACGUGCGGCCUGGCCGCGGCCUCCCCGCGCUGGGAGGCCUCGCCCCUAGGCCCGCCCCCUCUCUCUGCAUCUUUCCGGACGCGCGGGGCCGGGGAGAAGGAGGGAGGUUGGGCCUCACAGCUCGGCCCCGCCCCGGCAGCCUCCAAUUGGGCGUGGGUGAGGACGCCCCCCUCCCGCCGCCUUCCUAUUGGGGCGCGCGUGCGAGCCACGCACCCCAUUGGGUCGUACGGAUUUGGGCACCAAAUUCAAAGAUUUUAAAAGUACCAGCUGGCGCCUUUUGGGAGAUACAGGUCUGUGAAUCGGACGACCGGGUCCUCUGCUGUGGUGGCUGUUUCCUCACCUGAGGCGGACCCCCACUUCCACCGGCAUGAGCCAGCGCGCUUGCCUCUGCUCCCCACGGCCCCCCUCCAGCUCCUGCCGCUGCAGCGCCCUGACAGCCGCCGGGCGCCCUCGCCCCUCAGACGGUUGUAAAGAAGAAAAUUCUACUCUUUCUGUCAAAAUGAAAUGUGAUUUUAACUAUGACCAUAUUCAUUCUGGACUUAAAUUGGUAAAGCCUGAUGACACUGGAAGACUAGGUUCCUGUCCUGCAUAUUUGGAAAGUUCUUAUGAAGACUGUAUUAAGGACUAUGUAAGGUUAUCAGAUAUUGGGUCACCAAUUGUGAGCCCCAGGAUUGUAGAACUUGAAACUGAAAAUGAAAACAAGCCCUUCCAUAACAAAGAAAAUCAACAUGUGCAACAAAUACUUAAUAGUUCAAAUGAAAUAGAAGAACUAGAGACCAGUAGACCUUAUGAAGACAGUGGCUAUUCUUCAUUUUCUCAGCAAAGUGGCUUCAAUGAACAUGAAGAGGGUAGCCUUCCCUUGGAAAAUUUCAGUGACAGUCCACAAUCCUGCCUACAGAUGCAAAGCCCAGACCAAUAUCCCAGCAAAAACUUGCUGCCGGCUCUUCAUUUUGCAAAAAUGGUUUGUUCAACAUUAAAAAAGAAUGCCAAGCAAAAUCCUAAAAUAGAUGGGGAGAAACUAAAGGAAUUUAUAUCCAGUGAAAAUUUUAAACUACAGAAUAUAAUUGGCAGGAAGAUGGGCCUAGAAUGUGUAGAUAUUCUCAGUGAACUCUUUCGAAGGGGACUCAGACAUCUCUUAGCAAAUAUUUUAACACAGCUCAAUGAUAUGGACUUAAUCAAUAUGUCUAAAGUGAGCACAACUUGGAAGAAGAUUCUAGAAGAUGAUAAAGGGGCAUUUCAGUUGUACAAUAAGGCAAUACAGAGAGUUACUGAAAAGAACAUUAAGCUUUCACCACAUGCUUCAACAAGAGAAUAUGUUAUGUUCAGAACCGCAUUAGCUUCUGUUCAAAAAUCAGCAGCCCAGACUUACACCCAAAAAGGUGCUCAAACCAAGUUAUCCGAUCCAGGUGAUCAGAAAGGUUCUACUUACAGCCGACACAAUGAAUUCUCUGAGGUUGCCAAGACUUUGAAAGGGAAUGAAAGCCUUAAAGCCUGUAUUCGCUGUAAUUCACCAGCAAAAUAUGAUUGCUAUUUACAGCGGGCGAUCUGUAAAAGAGAAGGCUGUGGGUUUGAUUAUUGUACAAGGUGUUUGUGUAAUUAUCAUACCACCAAAGAAUGUUCGAAUAGCAAACCCCUAAAAGCCAGUUAUAAAAUAGGUCCUCUACCUGGUACUAAAAAGAGCAAGAAGAAUUUACGACGAUUGUGAUGUCUUGAAAUCAAUUGUACCUGAUCAUGAAGGUUAGAAAAUGUUAGGUUUUAAUUUAAAAAACGUAAAUGUAUUUUCAUUUCCAAUUUUGUGUUGAAAUCAAUGUAGUACAUGGGAUUUUUUGCCCUGGUGAAUAAAGAGAGUAUACAGCCUCUUAAAUAUUUUACAAUUUAAUGUGAAAAAGUUUAAAAUUUGGUAUAAAUCAGAAAAUUAAAAUAUUUUAAGGAAAAAGGAAAACUCUGAUAUUUGUGAUUCAGGGAUAGAAUAAAACUGAUUCAAUUUUUAUGCUAAAGGAAAGCCAUGCAAUUUUACCUAGAUAAUCUUAAAUAUAUAUCUUGUUUACCAUCUAUUAACAUUUGAGACAUUUUAUUUGCCUUACCAAAUUAAUACCUAUCGAAAUAAUCUUCUGGAGUCUCUUAAUUUAAAUGUUUUGUCAUCUUUCUUUAACCUCUUUUUCAGUGUGUAUAUUUCCCAAAAAGUACUCUUUGUGAAAUCUUUUUCCUAUUUGUAAAGUCUGUAUGUUUUAAUAUUUUUGUACAUAUGUAAAUAUUUCUGUAUUUUUUUAUGUCAAAGUAAAAUAAAGAUCUCUUGUGUGUAUAUAUAUACAUGUAAA